GCAUAAACGCCGUGAACGAAAGUUGAAGAACGAAGAACAGAAGUAAGGAAGAAGUGUGGUUAUUUAGUUAAACGCAAAUAUUUUCGCUUAAACAAAAAAAUUAUACCAUAUUUUAAGUUCGCGCCUAGCAAGGAAAGUAAGAUAAUAUUCAAAGAAAAUAAAACCAAUAAAGAGCAUACAAAAAACGGUAAAAUAAAAGAGGACAGAAACAGUUCAACGCAACAAAAAGGGCGCCCCAAUUUCACCGACUUCAGGCUGAGUUAUUGGCUUCUUUAACGUCUAGAGUCUUCAGCGGGAUUUCAAUUGCAACAACAUUGGGAAAAGUAGUUAGCGAGAAAGCGGAAGUAUUACUGCUAUACAAAAUUAGUUGUAUCGGUUACCUGACAUUACCAGCAGUGGAUACGGAAAGAUUUUGCAGCAGCAACAUCAUCAAUAGUGGCAACAACAGCAGUGAUUGCAAUCAGGUCUUGAUAGGACGCGGUGGCUAGCGCGGAAGUACUGAAACAUUGGGUAAAAGUAAAUGCAGGCAGGUAGACGCUUAUCAUCAGGCGGUUAUUAUGAAAGGAAACUUGUACAAAAUGUCUCGUAAUAAGGAGAAAUACGAGACUACAAACAGACGACAACAGAUUUUUAUGUCAGCAGAAGAUGUGGCUGCUGGUAAAAAAUCCUCAUGGACUGGCAUUGAGAUAACAGGCUGUGUACGCAAUAUUAGUCCCUCAUUGUGGGAAUUUGAACAUUUAACAGCAUUGUAUCUCAAUGACAACCAGCUGUUACGUUUGCCCGGCGACAUUGGUUUGCUAAGCAAUUUGCGCACAUUGGAUCUAUCAAGCAAUAAGUUGCGCAGUUUACCUGCAGAAUUGGGCGAGUUAAUACAGUUGAGAGAACUUCUGUUGAACAACAAUUACUUGCGAGUUCUGCCCUAUGAAAUUGGAAAACUCUUUCAUUUGCACGUCCUAGGAUUAAUGGGAAAUCCAUUACAAAAAGAGUUUCUAUCCAUUUAUAACGAACCAAAUGGCACUCAAAAACUGCUAACAUAUAUGUUGGACAAUUUAUCAGUUUCAGUAACCCCUCCGCCCCAACGUCCAUGGAUACCAUUAGCCAAACCGAACAAAUCGAGGCCAGCAUGCAUCUUUACAGUUAUGUGUUAUAAUGUUUUGUGCGACAAAUAUGCCACACGACAGAUGUACGGAUACUGUCCAUCAUGGGCCUUGAGUUGGGAGUACAGAAAAAAGGCGAUACUUGACGAAAUCCGUCACUAUUCGGCGGAUAUAAUUAGUCUGCAAGAAAUCGAAACAGAACAGUUUUAUAAUUUCUUUCUGCCUGAACUGAAGGCCGAUGGUUAUGAGGGUAUUUUCUCGCCGAAAUCCCGUGCCAAGACUAUGUCAGAGAUGGAACGUAAAUUUGUGGACGGCUGCGCUAUUUUCUUUAGAGCUGCAAAAUUCACAUUGAUUAAAGAACAUUUAAUCGAAUUCAAUCAAUUGGCAAUGGCUAAUGCUGAGGGCUCGGACAAUAUGUUGAAUCGCGUAAUGCCGAAAGACAAUAUCGGUUUGGCAGCAUUGCUGAAAGUGAAGGAAAAUGCCUGGGAUCCAAUGACGGAGGUGACACAAAUCUCCCAGCCCUUACUUGUUUGCACUGCACACAUUCACUGGGAUCCCGAAUUCUGCGAUGUCAAACUUAUCCAAACGAUGAUGUUGAGCAAUGAGCUUAAGACUAUUAUCGACGAGGCGAGCCACAGCUUUAGACCCGGCCAUAAGAAUGACUCGAAUAGCGUACAAUUAUUGUUGUGCGGUGAUUUCAAUUCCUUACCCGAUUCCGGUGUUAUCGAAUUUCUCGGCAAGGGACGUGUAGCAAUGGACCAUCAAGAUUUCAAGGACAUGGGCUAUAAAUCAUGCCUGCAACGCUUACUCUCGAAUGACACCAGCGAGUUUACGCACUCCUUCAAAUUGGCCUCCGCCUACAGUGAAGACAUAAUGCCGCACACGAACUACACGUUCGACUUUAAGGGCAUCAUCGAUUAUAUAUUUUAUACUAAAACAGGUAUGGUGCCGCUCGGUUUAUUGGGUCCCAUUUCGAAUGAAUGGCUACGUGAGAAUAAAGUUGUUGGCUGCCCACAUCCACAUAUACCCUCGGAUCAUUUUCCGCUGUUGGUCGAAUUGGAACUGAUGCAUACGGCGGGACAGCAAGCACCGCCCAAUGGACUGAUUAAUCGACGGUAGCAAUAAAAGGUUGAUAGCCAGAUCAGACAACAGCAGCAACAGCAACAAACAUAAAUGUAAUAUAGCUGUUGUAAAAAUAGCAGGACAGUUUAGCGUCUGCUAAUCGCCGCAUAAAGACCACAAACAAACAAACAAAAUAUACAAACAACAAAACAUAAAUAAGUAGAUAAAAACAACAACAAAAACAUUAAGCAACCAAUCGUCUUACAUACACAUGCAUAGUGACCGAAAUGGCAGUAGUUCAUACACAUACAUACUCACGAUUUCUCAUACAUACAUACAAACAUACACCACUCAUUCACCAUGUCAAAACAACAACAAAAUUGUACUAAAUACAUCAAUAAGUUCAACAACAACAACCGCAAAGAAAAUGUUAAGAGGCCACCAACAACAAGGAGAAUAUCAACAUCAUAUAUGAACCAUAUAUCUAUAAAACCACAAAAUAAACACCAAAAAAAGUUGCAUACAUUUUAAGUUUGUAAAGCUAGUAAAUAUGUAUGUAGUACUAAAAUGUUCCUCACAUCUACCCAUUCUCUUAUUAUCCCCAAGGAGUAUUGCUAUGUCUUUCCACAUCCUCCAACCACCGACUGAUAUAUUCCCUUUCGCAUAUUUCAUUUUCUCAAUUGCAGCAAUGCAUGUAAGCUCAUUAUAUGUAUGUAUGUGUGUGUUAUAGCAGCUGGCUGAACCGUUGGAUACCCAUUUUUUUGUUACUUAAUUUAGUAGCUUAAGAAGCUUGACACAUUUUACCAUCAAAUACGAUGUGCGUGCUUCAUUACACUUUUAUUCUAUUUAAUAGAAUAUCUUCUAUCAGUUAUCAAUUAGCUUCGUUCAAUUAAACAAAAAGUUUUUAAAAAAUUACUAUAUUUUGAUGGGUGCAAAGUAAAUGCGCGUUUUUAAUGCAAAUCCGGUUAAUUAUUAGUAUUCAUUCUGAACUUAUUUGUUAAAUAUUUUUAAUUUCUUCUGUAACAGAAAAUAUAAUUUAAUAUCGUCGUAUAUUUAAACAAAAGUUCCAUUUAUAUUUCGCUUUAAGGUGCUAUCUUAUUUAGCUACGUCUUUCGUGGGCAUAACGGUAUACAUAUGUACAUAUGAGCAUAUUCUAACUUUCUCCUCCUGCUUUUGAACGGUUUAACGCUCUUGCCUGCUGCUAAUAGCAUACAGUUUGGACUCUAUAAACUUCCUCUUCAAUAGUCCGUCCUAUCAUUCUGCCGUGGAACUUUGAAAAUCACUUGAAAAAAAUGAGAAAUUAUUUAUUGCUCACCACCUGCAAUACUCAAAUGAAAUAGUUCUGGAACCUAAAGAAAACAUAAUAUAUUUUAUUGAGUUCCAAAUAAGGGAGUUGAUUUUCCAAAUUCCACCUUGUAUGUUACACUGUCCCCUCUCUGUUACUGCCUCCACGGUUUAAAUUUAAAAAACUUGACUUAUGAUCGAUUCUCUUCAUCGUUUAUGCAAAAACAUAUUUUUAAUUGAGCCUAAUUUUAAGCUUUGCAAUAGAAUUUUCUAAGUUUACUUACCCUAAAAGUUACUUUCUUUUUUUUAGAAAUAUGUAUGUAUGUAAAAUUGCUUUAUUUUGUAAUAAGAACUUACUGUAUAUCUUUACUUUGUAACAUAACCUAAUUUAAGAGUAAAGGUCGUCAUUUGCCAUGCAACACUAUUUACUAUGUGACACAAAGUAUCCCAAUUAAUUUAACAGCAAACACAUCUAAUUCGGUUUCUUCUUCGUAUGCUUAAAAUAGAAUUUUCUAUUUACCAUUCUUUUGAUUGUGAAUCUGUAUCUAAGUAAAAAUUUUAUUUCAAGUUUUAAAGCUAAAAAUAAUUAAUUGCUACAAUCUAACAAAAUUACAUAUGUACAUGCAAAUGGUAAGGCACAUAAUGAAAAUUAAAUAAACUACCAAUGAUAACAGAUCAAAUCCAAAAGGUAUUUUUGCAUUUGAAAAUCAAAAUUGUGAAUAAAUAAACCGCAAUAACACCAAUAAAAUAAAUCAAUUUAGCGAGAAUGCUUGUAAAGCGUACAUACAUGCAUAUAUACAUUCAUAAUAAGAUAUUGGUUUUAUUCACGGAAUGCAAAAACACAUACAAAAAAAGUGCUAAGAAAUUUUUAUGAAAAUAGAAAACAUGUAAAACAACUAAGGAAACCCAUUAAAACAACAAAAAAAGCGUAAUGAUAAAAAAAUAUUCGCCGAAAAGUAUACCACACAUACUACAUACAUACAUACAUAUAUAAUGUAUUUUUAUAUAGACAAACUUGUAAUGUAACUGGAAUGAUUAGAACAUGAUUAUGAGUGGUUGAUUGAAAAUGAAAACAUAAAAAUUAAAAAUAAAUAAAUGCUAGAAAAAAAUAAUAAAAAUUUAACGAUUUAGUUGGACAAUUUAAUAUAAAGAAAUAAAUAAAAGCGCAUUUACAAAUAUGCCUCAUCUAGACAUCGUCAAUCAAAAGCAUUGUUUAUCUCCCUUAAUUUACAUACAUAAGUAUGAUAUCCUUCGUUAGCGUGAUUUAUAGCUUUCACAUCUACUAUGCACUUAAAAUUUGUUUAAUAUAAAAACAUCAAACCCCAUAUAAAAAGUAUACAUAAAUAUAUACAUAUUAAUUUCGUCAUUCACAUUUUCCAACGAAUUUCAUUGGAGCUAAGAUUCAAUUCGAAAUUUGAAUUUCGAAAACAUUUUCUACCGGAACACCAAAUACAAUUCAUUUGUCGAGUUCGAAUAAGUGUAAUCGCUGUAGAGAACUAUAUUUUUCGGUAGAUUGUUUUAACUGCGGGAAAGUUAAAAGCCUUUUCGAUUGGAUUUGAAAUUUCUCUUACAACUAUAGCAACUGCCGAGCGAAACUUUGCAUUAUUACCUUCAGCCGACAAGGUGUAUUCAAAGAGUAAAAAAAAUAUGCAGGAAUACGUACAUAUAUAAAGUAAACAACAUCAAAUCAGUACAAAAGUAAUUCAUAAAGGGAACGAUGAAAUGAUGAAUUAAAUUGGAUUCAUCGUUGUUAUUGUAAUACUGUAAAAUACUUCAUUGUUAUUGUAAUAUUGUAAAAUACUCUUCAAAAUACGUACUGGAGAACAACAAUACUACAGACAUAAUUCAAUGCUUUCAAACUAAUUUAAAUAAAAACGCAAUGCUGUAAUUAAAUUUUAAAAUUAAUAAAAGCGGUGAUUCUAGGGAUGAAUUCGGUGAUAAUUUCGUUAAACAAUUUUCAAAAGUUUGUGAAUAUUGUUAAGUUUUAAUUUAAAUAUUCAUAAAGUUAAAAAAUCUGUAUCAGUUUUGCAGACGAAUUAGUAAAUAAACUAAGUUGAGAAAUAUCCGAAAACGCAACCAAAAAUUACGAGAAACAAAUUAUGUCUGGUUGAAUGAUUAAAUACAUACAUACGAGUAUAUACUUGCGCACUUUUGUAUGUAUGGAAAUAUAUAAUGUAAGCUUUAGAAAAAGUAAGGCCAGAGCGCAGGCGCAGUAAAGAAAAACAGUUUGUGCGACAAGGUAUACGCUUUUGCUUACUAAUCUUCAAUCAGCUUGAAUUAUUUACCAUAAAUCCUUUGAAAAAAUUGCAAUUGCUCAUAUGGUAAGAAACUUUAAGUAUGGUAAAUAUGUAUAUCUUCAUUAUAAUGUCGAAGACCCAUAAUAUGAAUUAAUAGUUUAAGCAGCUAAUUGGGUGAGAAAAAAAAACAAAAACAAAAAUGCUUUAUAUGUUACAUAUUAUACUGCUAAUUAUAUGUUUAUGCGACUCCUUAUUGCACACAUUGUUGAGGACAUCUACAAAUUUUACACACAGUUGGCUAUGACAUACUACAUACGUACAUAUGGAUAGCAGCUUUUCUUUUAAAUUUAAUUAAACUUAUUGCAUACACAUAAAUAUAUUCAUAAAGUUAUAACUGUGAGAACAUUAUCUAAUCGUAUCAAUUACUUAAUACAUACAUACAUACAUACAUAAAAGCAAAACAACGGAACAAAGGGAAAGCCAACAUGAUUUCAGUAAAAUUUUAUCAUUGUAGUGUAGCUUAAAAAUGGUUAUAGAAGAAGCAUAAAAGCAUAAAUAAAUAAUAACAAGAAAAUUAAUAAAUAAAUAAUAAAAAGAACUUUCAUAAAUAAAACAGACAGUAAAUAAAUAAAUAAA